AUGCAAGCGUCUGAAUUGCCAUUUGUUGGAGCAAACCCUCCAGAAGCGGCUAGCCGAGGAGAAGGCCCCGGCUCUCCAAGUUUGCAGAUAAUCGUGUUGGGUCCGACAGGAGGUCCCCGUGAGGAUAGAGUCACUGGACUUCUGGUCCGAUCCACAUCCACCAAAUGGUCCGCAAACUCGAUAGUAGCUGUUGAUGCGGGCACCCUUCUUUGUGGGAUCAUCGACACUCUGGAACCGUGUGAUAACAACAAGAAGUUGUCAGAUCAGGGCCCAUUUGCUGGGCUCGAACUGCCACAUAACAAUGUACCCGCAAACGCAGCCCAUGUCUUCCGGCAUAUUAUCGGAGCUGUCUGCAUCACGCAUCCUCAUCUAGACCAUCUGUCAGCGUUCGCCAUCAACACGCCAGUUCUGGAGGCUGGAAGUGGCGCGAAAACGCUGGCCGCCCUGCCUUCGGUAGUCGCUGCCAUAAAGACCCACGUGUUUAACGAUGUUAUUUGGCCAAAUCUCUCUGAUGAGGAUGGCGGUGCUGGCCUUGUGACCUACCAGCGUCUGAUGGAGGGCGGAAACCCCAUGAUGGGGCGUGGUGAUGAGAAAGGCUAUACACGAGUCUGCGAGGGCUUGUUAGCAAAAUGCCUGGCCAUCAGUCACGGGUGCUGCAGGCAGAGAUCUAGCGUCGACAAUGAUGUUCAACGCCGGAUGAGCAGCGCCCCUUUUGGUGUAGACCCAAUGAGGCUGAACCCAAGGGCUUUUUCGAUCUCGUUUGACGAACCAGAGACCGGCUACUUUUCCGGAGCACGUUCGCCAGGCUAUCGGGUACCCGGUAAGGAUAGCUGGGCAACCGUGGAGUCGUCAGCUUUCUUCAUCCGUGAGCCUACGACAAAGCGAGAAGUGAUCAUCUUUGGCGACGUUGAACCUGACUCAAUCUCACUGAAUCCGCGCAACAGACGCGUGUGGGAAGCGGCAGCGCCGAAGAUCGUUGCCUCUCAACUGCGAGCGGUCUUCAUUGAAUGCUCCUAUAACGACGAUGUUGACGAUGCCUCCUUAUACGGCCAUUUGUGCCCACGUCACUUGAUCGAUGAAUUGAUUGUAUUGGCACAAAAAGUUACGGAGCUGAAAUACCCAGAUUCGUUUUCGGUGAGAAAACGUAAACGCGCGAGUGCCCCUGAGGCAGCCGGCGACCCAGCUCUCAGUCCAAAGUCGAAGAAGGCUGCUCUCGCGGGCGAGAAAGGUGGAGGCUCUCGUCGAGGAUCGGCCAGGACGUCGCGGCGCCAUACCCGUGCCAGAGUUGCUGUUGAAGAUAUUGACGAGAACAUGGAAGGAAGCCCAGCCGUUUCCCACGCACCUAGUGAAGUCGGUAUGGAUGUGUCACUGGCAGAAAGUUCAGACCCUCUCACAGUGCUUCAAUGGCCUGAACCACCUCUGGCCGGCCUACUGAUCUAUAUCAUACAUAUCAAAGAUGAUAUGAAUGAUGGCCCACCUCCUCAGGAGCGGAUCCUGCAAGAGCUUACGGCCCAGGGACAAGCUGCCGGGCUAGGAUGCGAGUUUCGAGUUCCCACACGUGGCGAGAGCGUCUUGAUCUGA